UCGUACACUAUGUGACUCGGCACUGCAGAAGAAAACUCGACCGUCACGUGAGACGCACAAGACGGGAAAUAAUCAUCUGCGGCGCUUCCUGAUCCGCGGAGCGAGCUGAAAAUGACCACAGCACUGACUCAGGGUUUGGAGAGGAUACCUGACCAGAUAGGGUAUUUGGUGAUCAGUGAGGACGGCGUACUUGCAUCUUCAGGAGAGCUGGAGAACGAUGAGCACACCGCAGGAGUGAUCAUGCAGAUGGUCCGAACAGCAUGUCGGUUCAGGCUUCACGGAGCAGCAGAGCCGCCUUUUAAACGCAUGUCAGUGAUAUUUGAGGACUACGUUUAUGCAGUGACAAUCUCCGGACAGAAGGUCUUUGUAGUGAAACGACAGAACAACCAACGGGAACCUGUGAAUGUCUAGAAGUGAGAAGAGUUACAUGUUAACGGACUACUCUCAUACUCACACUGAUUGAGUGCCCUCUGAUUAAAAUACUAAAAUACAAUAUAAACAUAAUACCGAUACGAGUUUAAGCAAAACCCUCAUGCCCAACACUUUUCUCAUAGUGUGCUCUUUGUACACUGUGAGUUAGAAUCAUUGUAUUUAAAAGGUUUCAGUUGUGUUUUUCCCUGAGCUGUUGUUACUAAUGCCAUGAACAUGUGGCCUAACUCACUGUUCACUCUUCACAGAAAUAUGGCACAUGCCUGUGACAUUUUACUGAUAACUAACAAUGCCUCACUUUUGUCAAACAUCAGUGGGUAGGCUGCCUUACUCUAUCUAUUGAACUGUUUAUGAAGAAUUUUAGACAGUUUGACUGAUUCAGCUCCCUGUUUAAUGAGCUGAUGACACAUUUUGGAUUAUGUUAAACGCUGUCCGAGUGACAUCUAACCACUGAGGAAGUGACUUACAGGCAUGUGGCAUUUCCUGAUAAUGAUGGCACUAAACUGCAUUAUUAUAGGUAUGUGGGGAUGCUGAACUAUACAGCUCAUCAGGUCAAGCUAAUGUUUUAGUUUUUCAGCUCUUCCAGGAGUUAAAAGUAGCAAAUUUCUCUAUUUAAGAAAAAAAUCUCUAUCAAGUCACUGCAUUUUUAUCACCUCAUGAAUCAGUUUAAAGAAUUUUCUAUUUCAUGAUCUAAUUUUUACUUUCACUAUUUAAUAUUACUUCUACUUCUGUUUUUUUUCUGAGUAAAGUAUUAUUCCAGGCGCUAGUAGCAAGCUGGAAGUCGCAAGUAACUUGUAAGAGAUGUCACAAGAUGGUGAUCUCAAUUGGGUCAGUCCCAGAAAUAACUGAGAUGUUCCAUGCGCUGCAUUUUAUUAACAGUACUGAACCCAUGCACAGGGUUAUUGUUGUUGAUCUAAAAGAUAUAGAUGCUGAAUAAAGUACUUAAUAAAGAAACUGGUGUGCUUUAUA